CGUCCGCGCCCAGUUGCCGCAACACCUGACGUGCGCGCAGUAAGUCAGCCCGGUGUAUUGUGGCGCCUGGCCGGCAAACUUAGUGGCUGCGCCGCGCCCUCUGCUCCGCCGCGCGCCGCCGGGUGAUUAACAGCUAGGACGGGCGGCUCUCAGGCCGGCGGCGCGGCUCUGCCUUACAUCACCUAAUCCAGAUUUGAGAGCAGCGGCGAUGUCGAUCUUCACCCCCACCAACCAGAUCCGCCUGACCAAUGUGGCGGUGGUACGGAUGAAACGCGGCGGGAAGCGCUUCGAAAUCGCCUGCUACAAAAACAAAGUUGUCGGCUGGCGGAGUGGCGUGGAAAAAGACCUUGACGAAGUUCUACAGACCCACUCUGUGUUUGUAAAUGUUUCUAAAGGUCAGGUUGCAAAGAAGGAAGAUCUCAUCAGUGCAUUUGGAACAGAUGACCAGACUGAAAUCUGUAAACAGAUUUUGACUAAAGGAGAGGUUCAAGUAUCAGAUAAAGAACGACACACACAGCUGGAGCAGAUGUUUAGAGACAUUGCAACUAUUGUGGCUGAUAAAUGUGUGAACCCAGAAACAAAAAGACCAUACACUGUUAUCCUUAUCGAGAGGGCCAUGAAGGACAUCCACUAUUCAGUCAAAACCAACAGGAGUACCAAACAGCAGGCUUUGGAAGUGAUAAAGCAAUUAAAAGAGAAAAUGAAAAUAGAACGUGCUCACAUGAGACUUCGGUUCAUUCUUCCAACGAAUGAAGGGAAGAAACUGAAAGAAAAGCUGAAACCACUGAUCAAGGUUAUAGAAAGUGAAGACUACAACCAACAGUUAGAAAUUGUGUGUCUGAUUGACCCAGGCUGCUUCAGAGAAAUUGAUGAACUAAUAAAAAAGGAGACAAAAGGCAAAGGUUCUUUGGAAGUACUCAGUUUGAAAGAUGUGGAAGAAGGAGAUGAAAAAUUUGAAUGACAUUCAUCAGUCUCAUCAGCUUUACAACACUAAAGCAUUUUCAUUUCCCACAAUCCUUUUUUCUGUUGUCUGCCAAAUAUUUACUCAAACUAGUUAACAUUUUCCAGUAAAUAAGUAUUAUGAUGUGGGAGCAGUUUGGUUUUCUUUACAAAUUGGGAUUCUAGG